AUGACGAGGAGAUCACAAAAGCAAAAAAAAGCACUAUUGGAGAAAGCUUUACUAGAAUCAGAAUAUAGACCAUUCAAAGAUGAGCUGGCAAUUACAAGUGAUGGACUAUUAUUAAAGCAGAACAAAAUAGUAAUACCCAAGACGUUAAGAGAGAAAGUAGUUAAAUUGGCACAUACGGAACACCAAGGUAUUGAAAAAACAAAAUCAUUGUUAAGGAGCAAAGUAUGGUUUCCAAACAUGAAUAAAAUGGUAACAGCAGAAACGAACACAUGCAUUCCAUGUCAAGCAGCUACACCAAAAACAAGUACAAAUCUGAUUAUGAGUUCAGAGUUACCGCCAGGACCAUGGGAAAAUUUGGAUCUAGACUUUGGUGGACCAUUUCCCAACGGUAAAUAUACACUUGUUGUAAUAGAUGAAUAUUCUAGGUAUCCAAUUGUAAGAAUAAUCAAUAAUAUAAAGACUGAAGCAGUAGUCUAUGAGUUAAAAAAAAAUGUUCAUGGAAUUUGGCUUACCUGA